UUGGUAAAACCAAGCUGACGGCAAGCAACCUUAGCAGUUUUCAGAUCAUCUAGGCUCCAGCUAGUAUCACACACUGUUCUCUAUGGUACGAAUUUUCCCUAAGCUUGAGAAUCGUAGCAUUAACCGACGCUUCAUCAUUACUGUGUAASCUCUAUUCUAAUAAGGACACCUCCCCUCCUAUGAGAAAAGAAAGAACGAACGAACGGAAGCAGCAUACUCGAGAGGCCAUUGGAAAUUUACUAACUUGUACAUUUUUAGGUAGAGAUGGGCGUGAUGGUAAAGAUGAGUCACAAGGUCCAAAAGGUCCACCGGGUUUGAAAGGAGAGACAGGACAUCAAGGUGUGAGAGGUCCACCAGGACCCAAGAGUGGUGGAGUACAGUACGUACGAUGGGGAAGAACCACCUGCCCUUACAAUGCUACUCUUGUUUACAAAGGCCGUGUUGGAGGGGAACGAUAUUCUCACAAAGGCGGUGCUGCCGAAUACGUUUGCCUUCCUGAGACUCCCAAAUAUGGAAGGUACAAAGAUGGGCUUCAGUCGCUCGUUGGAUACAUGUAUGGUGCAGAAUACGAAGUUUCCUUUGACCUUUUCACCAAAAGCGGCCUUUAUAACCAUGAAGUACCUUGUGCUGUGUGUUAUGUUCAAACACCAAGUGCUAAGUUGAUGAUCCCUGCAACAUACGAGUGUCCCGCGGGAUGGACAAGAGAGUACCAUGGAUACCUGAUGACUGCCUAUCACGGACAUGCACAUUCUUCUGAUUUUGUUUGUAUUGAUGACGACGCAGAGGGUGUACCAGGAACCCAUGCCGAUCUCAAUGGUGCCCUGUUGUAUCCCGUGGAAGGAAGGUGUGGCUCUCUACCUUGUCAACCAUAUGUUGAGGGUCGUGAACUGACAUGCGCAGUGUGUACCAAAUAGAAACCGAAACGAGCCAAGUCCAAGUAGUCUAACUAAAUGAUUGACUGUAAAUUCUAGGUUUAGAAUUAGAAUCAAUAGGUAAUAAAKAAUCGCUGAGCAUUGAA